AGCAAAUAAACAAAACCCCAGUAAACUUUGGAACUUGAUUAAAAAUCUAACAAAUGAUGAUGCUGGAAAAAAUGAAAGUGUCAAAUUUUUGACCGAAUAUAGUACGACUUUAAAAGAUAAAGUGACCAUUGCUGAAACAUUUAAUCGCUUCUUUGUCGACCCGCAAAACAACCUCGCGUCCACCUCAGCGCCCGUAGAAAUAGAACAAACACCAAAUCUAGAUCCUAUUCCCCAUGUCGAUACUACAUUCAGCAUUCCCCCCAUGUCAAAAUUAAGAGUGAUUGAGUUACUUCUAUCCAUCCCCGUUCAUAAAUCCACAGGAGACGAUGGCAUUAGCGCCAAAAUAAUGAGAAUAGCAGCACCAGCUAUAGCCGAACCAUUAAGCCAGCUGAUGAAUCGUUGCAUAAACACUCAAACGUUCCCCUCAAAAUGGAAGGUUGCUAAGGUCACCCCAAUAUAUAAAGGGAAGGGAAACCGAGAUGAAAAGUCUAACUACAGGCCUAUAUCAGUGCUUCCCAUUUUAUCUAAGCUACUGGAAAGGCACAUAUGUGAACAUAUGUAUGGGUUUCUGCAACAACGAAACUUAUUUUAUCGACUUCAAUCCGGGUUUCGUAAACACCAUUCGACUGAAACUGCACUCAUCAGACUCAUUGACCAAUUGCUACUUGAUCUGGAUAAAAACAAGGUAACUGGACUAAUUUUUGUAGACUAUAAGAAAGCCUUCGAUCUGAUAGACCAUCAACUGCUCCUUAACAAGUUACAUAAUUAUGGCAUUCAGGGGGAUGAGCUAAACCUCUUAAAAGACUAUCUUAGAAACCGUUGGCAGUAUGUAAAUAUUGAUGGUUCCCGUUCUCCGAAAAUAGAGGUGAAAUGCGGUGUGCCACAAGGAAGUAUUUUGGGUCCAAUCUUCUUCCUUUUGUUUAUCAACGAUCUUCCGUCAGAGGUAUUCCACUCCGAGGUCGACAUAUAUGCGGAUGAUACUACCCUUAGUCACUCCGCAGAAGUGGAUUUGGCACCUACAGCCAUAGAAACAGCACUACAGCUUGAUUUGGACGGCAUUGUAAGGUGGUCAAAAACAAACAAAAUGAUCAUAAAUGCCAAAAAGACAAAAUCUAUGCUUGUUACCGGGAAGAGAUUGGCCAAAAAGUUGCCGACAAAGAUAUUGUCGUUACAGUCUGAAAACGAGGAUAUUGAACAAGUUCAUUUCCAGAAACUUUUAGGAGUCACUAUCGAUCAAGAACUGACUUUUGAUAAACACGUGGAAGAACUUUCUAAGAAAUUGGGACAACGACUGGGCGUUCUUCGGAAAAUUAAACGGUUUCUUCCUUUAGACCAACGUAAACUGUACUACAACACCAUGUUUAAGCAAGUCAUGAUGUAUGGUGCUACAGUUUGGGCUAACUGCUCCGUGGAAAACUUGAAAACAAUUCUUCGAUUGCAAAAACGUGCUGCCCGCAUCAUUUUGGAUGUCGGUACAAGAACAAACAGCGUAUCAUUGUUUAAGCAGCUAAAUUGGCUUGCUUUUCACGACGAAGUGAGGUUGAACAAAUGUGUCUUAGCUUACAAACGGUUUCAAGGAAAUUGCCCAUCAUAUAUUAAUGAUAUUCUAACCUCAAAUGCAGACAUACAAACCCAUUCGUCAGGCCGUUACAGUCAAAGAAACUUGGUAUGCCCACGCUAUAGCCGAGUCAUGGAAGGGGGAAAGUCUUUCCAGGUCUCCACGUGUAAACUUUGGAACUCUAUACCUCCUCAUAUAAAAACUUCCGAAAAAUCUGUAGAAACUUUUAAGAAUGAAAUUUUUAACUAUUUUUUUCAUAGGUAUAAUGAUAUUGAUUCUUUCACAAUAUCUUGACUUUUUAACUUAUGAACUUAUAGUAUUAUCAUGAUUACAUGUUAUAUAGUAUUUUUAAUUGUAUGUAAUGUAGUUAUAGUAUAAGAGGGCCACUUGUUAGUCAGUUGAUAUACUGUUCAGUGUUUACCCUCGUUAAAUAAAGUUGAUUGAUUGAUUGAUUGAUGAAAAUCGAGACAUUACAACCACUGCUACCCCCUCCAACGGUUUCAAAAUGGUUUCAUUAUAAUCAGGGGCGUAGGAAGCACCAAAAGGUUGGGGGCGGGCACCAGCUUUCAGGGGCACUUUUGGAUAUUGAAAAGGGCAUCUAAAAUUUUUCUUGGAAAUGUUGGCGAAGGAGGGGGGUUUCCCGUCAUACCAUACCGAAAUUCCAUGUUUUUGACCAGAUUUUUUUAAAAAACAUCGAAUUUUUUGUUUUUUACAAACUUAGUCAUAAAUGACAGGUUAACCCUACAGAGCUUAAUGCUCCAUUUACAGGGUCCCUAAUAAUAUGUAUAUACAGUAUGUAUAUAUAAAGAACAAACAAAAAAAACAACAUUACAUUAUUUACAACACAUUUUAUCCACAAGACUGGACAACGGAGGACACGAGUGACACUUGACACAUAUACUUUUAAAUGUUUGUGGAGCAUUAAUGUUAUAUAUUUCUUUAGUCAUUGCUUCAUAAUAAGUUAACAGGUAAGAUUUGAAUUGGCCGACAGUAACACUUGCUUCUCGAAUAUGUGGUGGUAGGGAGUUAUAUAUUCUGGGAGCUCUAUUAUAAAAACUGUUCUGAAAAGUUAAAGUGUUAACUCUGGAAAGUUUUAAUGUUACACUGUUAGUUGUAGCGCGCUUGGUGAUACAAGCGUUUGAUACUAUACUAAUCUGAGAGUCAUUCAAUUUAAUUGCCUUAAAGAGAUACACCAAUUCCAGAUACUCGUGCCAGUAAGACAGAGGAAGUAAGCCAGUUUUCAAUAGUCUCUCCUGGUAACUAGUUUCAGAUCUAAACGACAGUGAUAGGAUGAAUCUCGUUGCACGUCUUUGAAUCUUCUCGACUUCGAGGAUUAAAGACACAGACUGCGGGGACCAGACUUGGGAGCUGUACGCGAAACGACUUCGUACUAACGUUUUAUAAAGUGCGGUACGUGUACGAGGAUCAUGCAUCUUAAUGGAGGACCUUUUUACGAACCCAAGCAUUCUGUUUGCUUUCGCACAUACAGCAGAGACUUGUUGGUUCCAUUUGAGAUCUGCAGUGAUGAGAAUGCCAAGAUCUUUUUGAACAAGCCUUUUACAAAUGACCGUUAAGUUGGCUGAGUUAUCGUUGUUGGGAUGGUAAGAUGACUGCACGUGUUUGAGAUUCCUUGUUACCUUAAGAACUCCACACUUAGUUUCGUUAAAGUUCAUGCGCCACGUCCGACACCAUUGGCUGAUUCCAUCCAGAUCACAUUGGAGAGCUUUUACGUCAUCUGUUGUUCUUAUGGCAUGAUAACACUUGGUAUCAUCAGCGAACAGAGCAACAGACGAUGUGGUGGACUUUUCGGGCAGAUCAUUCACGUAUACAAGAACCCUGAGGAACACCUGAUAGAACGGGUAUUGAUCGGGAUGUUUUUCCUAAAAUGGUAACUUUUUGAUGGCGAUCUGAUAGAUAGUUUUGAAACCAGCUCAGCAAGUUUCCGCAAACUCCAAAAUUACUAAGUUUCUUGAGAAGCAGCUGAUGAUCGACCCUGUCAAACGCUUUUGCGAAAUCGAGAUAAAGGACAUCAGUUUGGGUUCUCUUGUCGAGUGACUCACCAAACUCGUAUAGAACCUUUAGUAAUUGUGAUGUUGUAGACUUCCCCCUGAGAAAUCCAUAUUGGAGGUUAUGCAGUUCACUUGAGACAUGGUUGAUCAUUUGGUCGUAUAUGCAACGCUCGGGCACCUUUGAUACAAUUGGAAGUAAAGAUAUGGGUCGAUAAUUUGAAACUUCGUUCUUUUGACCACCUUUAGGAAUGGGUAUUACAUUAGAAACUUUCCAUUCCGCUGGUACACUACCGGAAGUUAAGCUUCUAUUGAAGUGAUCAGCAAGGGAUGAAGAAAUGUAUGGAGCACAACAUCUAAGCAACUUUGCCGGAAUUUUGUCUGGACCAGCAGCUUUGUUAUCAUCGAGAGAGAGAAGAGCACGUUGAACGUCAUCAAAUUUCCAAACGAAAAGGAGACCUUUGAUAUUAAUUUAGUAUUUACAGCGACACAAUUAGCUUGUACAAAAAGGGCACUUUUCAUCACAAAAAAGAGCACUUUUAGUCAUUUGAAAAAAUUGGGACGUGCCACCAGGUUCCUACGCCCCUGAUUAUAAUCGAUCUUAGUCCACAUAUGUAAUAUUAUAAUAUUAUAUUAUUAUACUAUUAUAUUAUUAUAUUAUAUAGGAAGACUAUAUUUAAAGAGCAGUUUCUUAGCUAGUACAAAAACGCUCAAUAUCAAUCUUAGUGACUAACGUUUGGCAGAUAUAAAAUGUCCACAAUUAAACUGGUUUAUGAGUUUGGAACUAAAGUUUAAUUAGAUUUAUAAAAAACAAUCAUAUAAACUUGAUAAAUAUUAACUUCAGUCGUCUUUCGAAAUAACUAACAACCACAAAAUCGAUGCACAAAUUAUGGCAGAGGACAAUAUUACUAGAUUCAGCAUCGAAUUCAAGCACGUCUAUUCACCUGCAUAUUAUACAAUCGCUUUUCCAGGGGCUACCACAAAUAUAGCUAUUACUUCUCAUUGCAUUUAUCAUGCAAGGAUCCUCCGAAUCGAAGAACAUUGGUUUACAAAAUUCAACUAAAAGUCGUGUACAAGAAAUAAGGAUCCUUAAGAAAAAGCAAUUAAUUUUAAAAACAAUCAUUUUGAUUGCAUUCAUUACAUUUGCUUGUAUUGUACUGUGCCUUCCAUGACAUAAUUUCAGCUCCGUAUAAC